AUGGUCGACGGCGAUAGAUUGAUAACGGCCGCGUCCGAAAAGGGGAACCUCAACGUCCGGCAUCAAAAACUGCUUAACCACCGCCGCGAAACGGACGUCUACAGCAUCUAUAUCACUGCGCAGCCACAUAUACCUCUACGGAACCCAGCUAUAGCCUCCCUGCAGCCACCGGCCGGUCCACGCUGGCUGCUCUUCUUCGCGCCACUCGGCUGUUCCCCGCGGCGGGCGGAGCACAUCGACCAGAGGCUUCCCUUGCCAGCGCUCAACACACCAUUCUCGACCGAGAGGAACGUCUCUGUCGAGCCUGACGAGGUUGAAUAUAAACCGAUCCUGCGCACGCUGCCUGAUCUGUCUGCAAGCAAAGCCAGAGACGCCGCCGCCAUGUCUGCUCAAGCACAACAUCCCACGGUCCUCAUUCCAGGGCCCAUUGAAUUCGACGAUGCCGUCCUUCAGUCCAUGUCGACCUACGGGGAGAGCCAUGUUGGACCGGCAUUUGUGAAGAUAUUCGGCGAGACGCUGACGAUGUUGAGACAGCUCUUCCAGACAAAGGCCACUGCAUCACAGCCGUUCGUGCUUGCUGGCUCAGGAACGCUGGGUUGGGACUUCGUUGCGUCCAACUUGAUCGAGCGUGGUGAAAACGCCCUAGUGCUGCAUACCGGCUAUUUCGGUGACUCACUCUCGGAAUGUCUGCAGACGUACGGCGCAAACGCAACACAGAUCAAGGCACCGAUUGGGGACCGACCGUCUUUGGAUGAGAUUUCCAAGGCUCUUCAGGAGAAGGAAUACAAGAUCCUGACUGUCACACAUGUCGAUACCUCUACGGGUGUGUUGAGUGAUAUCAAGGCCAUUACGGAAGUUGUCCGAAAAGUCAGCCCCAACACGCUUGUUGUUGUCGAUGGUGUGUGUUCGGUGGGGUGCGAGGAGAUUGCCUUUGACGAGUGGGAUUUGGAUGUAGUGCUCACAGCCGGCCAGAAGGCCAUUGGGUGCCCCCCAGGCCUGAGCAUCUUGAUGCUCUCUGGCCGUGCUAUGGACCGAGCAAAGAACAGAACCUCUCCUCCAGCAAGCUACUAUGCUUCGAUCAAGAACUGGCUGCCUAUUAUGCAGAACUACGAGGCUGGCAAGCCAUCAUACUUCGCUACUCCUGCUACUCAGCUGGUUCGUGCGCUGCAUACGGCUCUUACGCAAAUCACUUCCAAGCCUCUUGCAGAAAGAUUUGCUGUUCACAAGGAAGCCUCUCAGCGAGUAAAGAAGGCUGUUUCUGACAUGGGGCUGCAGCAGCUGGCUACCAAGCAGGAGAACCAGGCCAAUGCCAUGACAGCCAUUCGUCUUCCUGAGGGCCUGGCUCCACCUGACGUUCUUCCGAAGCUUUUCCAGAAGGGUCUCGUGUUUGCCGGUGGUCUGCAUAAGGAGAUUGCUUCCAAGUACAUUCGAUUCGGCCACAUGGGAGUCAGCGUCACUGAUCCUAAGCGGGACGACAUUGACAGAGCCAUUGCUGCUCUCAAGGAGGUCUUUGCCGAGGUCAAGAAAUGA